CAUUUAUGGUUGAAUAAAAGUGUAGAAAUCAAUGCAUGUUUAGAGGUGAAUUGGAGGUGGCCGAUUAAUGGAUCCUUCAUGUUCUUGUUUACAAAAAAGUUGAAAAUGACGAAAGAAUAUUAAAAUGAAUCAUGUUAUGCUUUUACACAGUAACAGUAACGGACACAAAUCGCUGACACAGCGAGGACCUCCUUCUCCUCUCACGUGCCUCACGUGCCCUCGCCGCAAUCAAAAUUCCGUGUUUCUCUAUUAACACCAUAUAGAUCGGUGCUGAAGAAAGAAAGAAAAGGUGAAUUGAGUUCACGGCAAAACCCGACCCGAAUAGAAGGAUCCGAAAUGGAGUCAAUACUGGGUCGGGCUCUGGAGUACACUCUCAAGUACUGGCUCAAGUCCUUCUCCCGCGAACAGUUCAAGCUCCAAGGCCGCACCGUUCACCUCUCCAAUUUAGAUAUCGAUGGAGACGCCUUGCAUUCCAGCGUCGGAUUGCCGCCGGCGCUCAACGUCGCCACCGCCAAAGUCGGCAAGCUAGAGAUUACACUUCCGUCGGUGAGCAAUGUGCAAACGGAGCCAAUCGUGGUGCAUAUUGAUAGACUCGAUCUGGUUCUCGAGGAGAAUUCUGAUUCUGAUGAAUCUCUUAGUUCGAACUGCUCCACGCCGUCGGCUGCCUCCGCCAAGGGAAGUGGUUAUGGUUUCGCUGAUAAGAUUGCAGAUGGCAUGACUAUACAAAUUCAAACAGUUAAUCUUUUACUUGAAACUCGUGGUGGUUCUCGUCGCCAAGCGGGAGCAACAUGGGCUCCACCUAUGGCAUCUAUCACCAUACGCAACCUUUUGUUGUAUACUACCAAUGAAAACUGGCAGGUUGUAAAUCUUAAGGAAGCACGGGAAUUCUCCAGUCACAAGAAGUAUAUAUAUGUCUUCAAAAAACUGGAAUGGCAAUCUUUGUCUAUUGAUCUCUUACCUCAUCCCGACAUGUUCACAGAGGCUGCAUUUGGCCACUCUCAAGGGGAAUCAAACUUUAGGGAUGAUGAUGGCGCAAAGCGUGUAUUCUUUGGAGGAGAGCGUUUUAUAGAAGGAGUAUCAGGAGAAGCAUAUAUCACAAUUCAGAGAACUGAGUUGAAUAGUCCACUUGGGCUUGAGGUUCAAUUGCACAUCAAUGAAGCUGUUUGCCCUGCAGUAAGCGAACCAGGAUUACGUGCACUUCUCCGCUUUAUGACAGGAGUAUAUGUUUGUCUAAACAGGGGUGAUCUUGAUUCCAAGAUUCAUCAGCGAUCCACUGAAGCAGCUGGGCGUUCUCUUGUCUCAAUUGUCGUAGAUCAUAUAUUUCUUUGUAUUAAAGAUACUGAAUUCCAGCUUGAGCUUUUGAUGCAGUCCCUCUGCUUUUCUCGGGCCAGUCUCUCUGAAGGAGAUAAUGAUAAUAACUUGACCAGAAUUACAAUUGGUGGCUUAUUUUUAAGGGACACCUUCUGUAGCCCUCCAUGUAUCUUAGUGCAACCAUCAAUGCAAGUUGUCACAAGAGAUGCUUUCCAUGUGCCAGAAUUUGCCAGAAGCUUUUGCCCUCCAAUAUAUCCUUUGCAAGAACAGGAGUGGCAAUUGAUCGAGGGAACCCCUCUAAUAUGCCUCCAUGCUCUUAAGAUCAUGCCUUCUCCACUUCCACCAUCCUUUGCUUCUGAAACUGUUAUUGACUGUCAGCCUCUUGUGAUUCAUCUCCAGGAAGAAUCAUGCCUGAGGAUAUCCUCUUUAUUAGCUGAUGGAAUUGUUGUCAAUCCUGGUGACAUUUUACCAGAUUUCUCAGUGAAAUCUUUUAUUUUCAAUCUAAAAGGACUGGAUCUUACAGUUCCUUUUGACAAGACCAAAUUGGAUAUUUCCAAAAGUGACAUGGACAAUACAGUCCAGACCUCCUUUGCUGGAGCAAGGCUUCAUAUUGAAAGCCUUUGUUUUUUAAAUUCACCCUCACUGAAACUAAGAAUUCUGAACCUGGAGAAGGAUCCUGCUUGCUUCAGUCUUUGGGAAGGUCAACCAAUUGAUGCUAGCCAGGAGAAAUGGACUGCUAGAGCAUCCCAGCUUACUUUAUCUCUGGAAGCAUGUACUGACAGAACUGGAUGUCAAAAUUCCCUUAAACAGACAUCAGGAUUGUGGAGAUGUGUUGAUCUGAAAGAUGCUUGCAUUGAAGUAGCUAUGGCAACUGCUGAUGGCAGUCCAUUGUUACAAGUUCCCCCUCCGGGGGGUAUUGUUAGGGUUGGAGUUGCUUGCGAACAGUAUCUGUCCAACACUUCUGUUGAACAAUUGUUUUUCGUCCUGGAUCUAUAUGGUUAUUUUGGGAGAGUUAGUGAAAAGAUAGCAAAGGCCGUAAAAAGGAAACAAUUGGAGGACAUUAGGGACAAAUCUUUUAGUGGAAAGCUGAUGGACAAGGUUCCUAGUGAUGCUGCUGUGAGUUUAUCAGUGAAAAACCUCCAACUUCGAUUUCUGGAGUCAUCUUCUGUGAAUAUUGAGGGGAUGCCUUUAGUGCAAUUUGUUGGAGAUGAUCUGUUUACUAGUGCCACUCACAGAACCCUUGGUGGGGCUAUUAUUGUUUCAUCUUUUUUACGUUGGGGGAGUGUUGUGAUAGGUUGUGUAGAUGAUGAGGGGCACUUGCCGUGUGAAAAUGGCUCAUUCUUGAGUUCUAAGGAAAAUGCUCUCUCAUUGAGUGAUAAUGGAUAUCCUCAACUAAGAACUGUUUUCUGGGUGCAUAAGAACGAGAAACAUCUAUUGAAUGGAAAUGCUUAUUCAGUCCCUUUUCUGGACAUAAGCAUGGAGCAUGUCAUACCAUUAUAUGAACAAGACUUGGAGUCUCAUAGUUUGAAUGUCUCAGCUUCUGUAUCUGGUGUUCGUCUUGCUGGAGGAAUGAACUAUGCUGAAGCCCUCCUGCAUAGAUUUGGAAUACUUGGGCCUGAUGGAGCUCCUGGGACGGGUCUUUGUAAAGGGUUGGAAAACUUACAAAAAGGACCAUUGUCAAAACUUUUUAAGGCAACUCCUCUCAUUGUUGAUAAUUCAGAAGAUGUUGGAAGUAUGAGAGAAGGGAAAGAAAUCAGUUUUCCUCAAUUGAAGAAGCCUGAUGAUGUGGAUGUAACUAUAGAAUUGAGAGACUGGUUAUUUGCCCUUGAAGAUGCACAAGAGACAGCUGAAAGAUGGUGGUUCUCAAGCCAUGUAGAUGAAGGCAGAGAAGAGAGGAGUUGGCAUGCAUCUUUCCAUGGUUUGCGAGUAAAUGCAAAAAGUAGCCCAACGGAUGUUCCAGGUGGAAAAGGACAAUUGCGAAGAAUAAAACAACAUCCAGUAGAAUUGAUUACACACUUGCAGGUUGGAAUUCAAGGUCUGCAAAUCUUGAAGCCACAUUUGCAAAAAGACAUUCCUUCAUCAACGCUAAUUGCAAAUGGGGGUAAAGGAUUCACCAACACAGUUGGAGGAAUUGGUGUUGAAGUUCGCUUGAUAUUAGGUGGGGAGAAUGUCGAUGAUGAAAUGGUCAAUUGGGAAGUGGAAAACCUAAAAUUCUCUGUUAAACAACCGAUUGAGGCAGUUGUAACCAAGGAUGAGGUUCAGCACCUCACUUUUCUGUGCAAAUCUGAAAUUGACUCAAUUGGCCGGAUAACUGCUGGAAUUAUACGGUUGCUGAAGUUAGAAGGUUCUGUUGGUCAGUCUGUAAUAGACCAACUCGGCCACCUAGGAAGUGAAGGCAUUGAUAAGAUUUUCUCUUCUGAAAAGUACAGUAGAGACGGAAGUGUUGGUAGUAGAGGACUUUCUCCAUUGCCAAAUCUCAUCAUAAAUGAGGAAUCACACAAAACUUCAGAACAAACAUUGACUUUGCUUGAGGAAGCACUUACGGAUUCACAGGCUAAACUUAAUGAUUUAAUCAGUGAUAUUGGUACUUCAGAGUCUUCCUCUCAACACCUUACCAUCGUCCAACUCAGUCAAAAUAUAGAGACUAUGCACGACUUGUUGAUGCAAUUACGGAAUCAAAUUUGAGGUUCCUCUCUGCCGUUUUUGCUGUAUAUUUGUAAUCAAAAAGUUUUUUCAUUCACAUAAUAGGUUACAAUAUUGUGUAUAUAGGAUACAAACCUUUGUUGAGUGUUUGUACAAGCUAGGCAGCUGCCAUGGCUCUUCAUUGAUGUAACAAAAUUUUGUUCCCUUGAGCGAAAAAUGCAAUCAAAUAGUUGAGAU